AUGCUCACAGGUGGGGCGAGGCAGGGAACAUCCCCGGCACCGGUGGAGAAGAAGGAAACGGACGCGGUUGAGCGUGACGAGAACGAUAUUGGCCUGCAUCCAGCUCCUAUCGCACUGGUGCUGCGGCACCAGUGUGCAGCUGAGGCCCUGAGUGCCGUGAAGGAAGAGGAGAUCGUGGGCCGCCUGAACCUUCUGCACUCCUGUCACAACGCCUUCCUGGCCAUUGUGCGCCAGUCACUUUAUACGCUGCAUCUUGAUUCGGUUGCCCUUUCCAGGGCGCAGGCGCAGCAGCAACUUCGCCCAGGAUUAGGGCGCACACCAGUUAAACGGAACUCCGACAGGAGGGCCGGUGACCGCGCAAGGAGUAGAACAGGCCGAAGGCAUGCGGCAGAGUCGUCGGGUCUUGAUGUGGAACGGGAAUACAAUGAAGAGCCUUCAACGGGAUUUCAGCACCGUUUGCGUGUGAACAACUUUCGGCGAAUGAAUGAAGAGCUAAUUAAGAGGCAGCGGCAAGUGGAGGCUUUUGCGGCGCAUGAGAUGCGACGGAGGGAAGCCGCACGAAGGCUUGAAGAGUUUCUUCAUGCGAGAAGCAUCGGUGGUGACUGCAAGCCCUCCAUAACGCCCAAUACCACAGUUCGGGAGAUGCGGGAACGACAGCGAGCAGCACGGUCGAAGGCACAACAAUAUACUGCUCGAGCACGGCAGUCAAGGCUGCAAGAAUUACAGAAAAGGCGGUAUCGCCAGUUGGCGGCGGAAGGUGAGAGGUUGCAACUUCUCUUGAAGGAACGCCGCAUUCGCUUUGAAAGGGAGAUGAAGAACCUGGAAGAGGCUGCGGAGUGCAUACAUGAGAUGUACCACACCGGAUGUCUUGGGGACCAUGCUUCUAUGGCGUCUCUGGCGCCUUCUCUACAAACACUCUUUCCGGCGGCAUCGUCUCAGGCGUCCAUGCCGCGUUGCAACACGCGAGCGAAGCAGCCCAUAACUGAGGCGGAUUACGGGCGUUUGUGUGGCUUGAGGGAGGCCGCGAUGCGGUCUGUGGUUGCUGGUUCGCUGGCACCGCCACCCGCCGCCCCUGUACCAGAGAAGGAUAUUACACGGAAGUAUCAGCAGCCACCUAGUCAUCCAAUACUCUGGCACUGA